UGGGCCAAGUCCUCGCAGGUCCUAGAUGUCCGCUUCCAGAUGUCUGGUGUCAGAUGGGGAACUGUCUCUGGAGGAGCCCCCCCUUCACAGCUGUUCAGGCAAGAUGUGGUGGUUUCUCCUCUGGGGAGUCCUCCAGGGUUGCCCCACGCGGGGUUCUGUGCUCGUGGCCCAGCAGCUACCCCAGCCACUGACAUCCCCAGGGUACCCAGAGCCGUAUCUGAGGGGCCAGGAGAGCACCACUGACAUCGAGGCUCCAGAGGGCUUCGCUGUGAAACUCAUCUUCCAGGACUUUGACCUGGAGCCGUCCCAAGACUGUGAACUGGACUCUGUCACAAUCACAGCCAGUGGGAUAGAGCCAACUCGGUUCUGUGGACAGCAAGGCUCCCUGCUGGGCAGAACCCCUGGUCAGAGGGAGUUUGUGUCCUCGGGGAGCAGUUUACGGCUGACCUUUCGUGUACCUGCCUCCUCUGAGGAUAGAACCACCAGUCUCCACAAGGGUUUCUUGGCUCUCUACCAAGCUGUGGGCCAGCCCCCCACCCAGGCCCAUGGGGAACCUAAAGCUAUCAAUACAUCUAAAGAUGACCCCUCCAAGAUCCAGAGCCACUGCUGGGAGCCCUAUUAUCAAGCAGAGACACUCACCUGCACAGCCCAGACCCCUCGGGGGGAGAAGGAGGUUCCUCUCUGUGUGCCCAUCUGUGGACGGCCAGCCGUCCCCAUCGACCCCAUCCAGGAGGCCCGUGGUUCUUCCAGAGCAAAGCCCGGUGCCUUCCCCUGGCAAGCCCUCACCAGUGUCUAUGGCCGAGGUGGCGGAGCCCUGCUGGACGACAGAUGGGUCCUCACGGCUGCCCACACCAUCUACCCCAAGGACAGCGUCUUCCCGGGGAAGAAUCGGAGCGCGGAUGUGUUCCUGGGUCACACAGAUGUAGAGGAGAUGCUGCAACGGGGCCACCGCCCCGUGAGGCGUGUGGUGGUGCACCCCGACUACCGUCAGGAUGAACCUGGCAACUUCGACGGGGACAUUGCCCUCCUGGAGCUGCAGCACCGGGUGCCGCUCGGGCCCAGCCUCCUCCCGGUGUGUCUGCCUGACAGCGAGAGCCUCUACCACAGCGGCCUGUGGGGCUACGUGAGCGGCUUCGGUGUGGAGAGGGGCUGGCUGCCCUCGGAGCUCAAGUACUCCGGGCUGCCCGUGGCCCCCCGGCCGGCCUGUGAGGCCUGGCUCCAGGAGAAGCAGAGGACAGAGGUGUUUUCUGACAACAUGUUCUGUGUGGGGGAUGAGAAGCGGGCGCAGGGUGUCUGCCAGGGAGACAGCGGCAGCGUGUUUGUGGUGUGGGACGGCGGUGCCCGCCGCUGGGUAGCCACAGGCAUCGUUUCGUGGGGUGUCGGGUGUGGCGAAGGAUAUGGUUUCUACACCAAGGUGCUCAACUACGUGGACUGGAUCAAGGGCGUGAUGGGUGGGAAGGACUGACGGGUGGGGGGAGGGGCUCUGAGCAGCAUGGCGCUGACUCUGUGGAAGCCCCAGACAGGAAGCGGGGAGUGAGGGCCGCCUGGGAGUGGGGAGAGAGGAGACGGGAACCCCUAGUCAAGUCACUUCUCGACUCCAGCCCCAUGCCACCCUACAUAAGAAGGGGUGUCCCACGGUCCCUCCUCGUCCACCUUGCCCUGCAACCAGGGCCAUCUUCACUUUGAACUUCAGCUCCUGCUAACACAGCCUCCUGGGGUCCCAUCUCUGCCUCACCUCCCAGUUCAGGUGGAGUUGGGGGGAAGUGUUCUAAUUGCAUUUUGUCUCUGAAACCUUCCAAAGCCCUUUUAGUUGACCUUCAAAUAUUCGCCCUAAUGGUUUCACCCUCUGCCUCAGUUCCUCCAUACAAUUACAGUCAAAGCUCAUAUUUUUUGUUUGUUUGAUUGACAUCUUCUGUAUGGCAAGUGCUUCACGGGUGACACCAAGCUUACAAAGAAAGUGUUAUUAGCCAUAUUUUAUAAAUGAGGAAACUGAAGCUCAGGGAGAACAAGUGACAUGCCGGGAUCCCACAGCGAGUACCAAUUCCCCUUCCCAAUGCCCUCACCCUUACAGAGUCCCCCACCUUGGAAACCCCUGAUUCAUUGAAGAUGAUACUACCUGGCUCUCACUUCUCUUCUGGUCACAUCUGCAGACAGGAGCUGAGCCCAGCGCUGGGCUGGAUUUUCCUGCAGAUACCUCCCUGUUGUUACUGGACACCCCGAUCCAUGCUCACCUGAGAUCAAUUCUUAAAUUUUCAGUAAGGAGUUGAGA